UCACCGUAUCCAUCGGCUCUUCUUGUACUCCGGAAUCAUGGCCGUGCUACUAGAUCUGCCCUCGGAACUCCUUUUGGACAUCCUGUCCCUGGUGCGGUCAACGUUGAGCUUCUCCGCCCGCCUCCAAAAGUCCACGUACUGGGCGCUUUCACUCACCUCGAAGAGACUUAACGUCCUCGCGAACCCUUUCCUCUACCAUGAAUAUGUCAAUCUUGACGUCCGUAUUGGGUUUGCACCGUUUGCCAAUACCAUUGUUAAUCGGGCGGACUUGGCCGCCCACGUUAAGAGGCUUGCGUUACGUGGAGUGGAGGAACCAGUGAAUAAUGCAGAUCUUGAAACCAUCCAACGCCUUGCCGACGCCGAGGACCUUCCUCACGCUUUAGCUACCGUAUCCGAAGUCCAUCACCGGCAGGAGGCAGUGGCCUUCUUUCUUAUUGUAGCUCUGUCUUCAAAGGUGGAAUGCCUUCAUGUCGAAUCAAGGGACCUCCAUCGCGUUCCGUGGUUUAUCUUGAAUCUGGUCUUGCAAAAAGCUCUCGGAGAAAUACCGCGACAGUUUGGUCGCCUAAGAAAUGUUGAUUUCAACGGAGGGGGCAGGCAUGGAAUGAUCGAUAUCAUUAAUGCCUCUGGCUUCCUUCGUCUACCUUCGCUGGAGACUUUUCAGCUUAGGAACGGAGGGCCCAACAGGACUGACCCUUCUGAAUGGAAAUGCCCGGCGCGGACUUCCUCCGUGACUACAAUCAAACUACAAGAAUGUCUGCUGUCUUGCGAUCUUUUCAUUCGCCUGAUUCGCUCUACCAAAGCAGUGAAAAAUUUGGUUUAUAUCAACACAACGCAAUGGACAAGCCGAACACCAGCGCCAUAUCUUUGGGAACAUCGCGGCUCCCUGGAGUCUAUACACUGGAGCGCGGAACACCUGAGCAAACAAACCUCUCUGAUUUCGAAUGAGAAGGGCUCGAUGAGGGACUUUCAAAAGCUACACACACUGAUCUGGGACCAGUAUUUGCUGGGAGCGCCUUCUGAAUGGAGCGACAGAAUUGAAGUUCGACUCGUGGACCAUCUGCCGUCAUCGCUCGUCACACUUGUUUUGAAAAGCUGUGAUCCUGCAAUCAUAAAACAUCUCGAUCGCCUGACAAACGCGGAUCCUACAUGGUUACCAAAUUUGAAGACCGUUACUGUUCGGAUAGCUGGGCUUCGACGGGGUAUUGUCAGUCACGAUACCGCUGGCGAUGAUUUGCGCAAAAUAGCUGAACGAUUUGCUUCGAAGAACGUUCAUAUGUCUUUCACAUUACCUCUAUCCUAGUAGUAGUCGGGAAGCUCCUUAAAUCUUCUUUUGGCCUGAAACACUUUCUGGCCGAUGAACACUGCUCCAUUGUUCCAGGCUUCUUGGAUCAUGUUUUUUCUCGCUGGAGUGCAGUUGUUCAGUCUCAUCGAUCUCGGACAUGGAGCCGAUGACAGGACGCACAAUGAGCCACUCGUCGCAACGUCCAACGUAUGUAGGUGACACGGCUUACAAGAUGGCCAAUGGAAGGUCACUC